AGGUGCGCUCUGUGAUUGGCGGAGGCCGGGGAUAACCUCGGAGUGGGAAGGGACGGGCCAUGCUGUGAGGGCGUGGUGAGCAGACGAGGCGGCGACGGCGGCAGCAGCGGGGGCAGAUCUGGUUGGGCGGCGAGUGAACGCUCUGGAGGGUCCCUGGGAGCUUGGGAGGGUCCCCGGGAGUAUGGGGCGUGGAGGGGGAUCACCCAACACCUGUGCCCCGACCUGUCUUAAUUUCCCUCUCACGCCUGGGAGCACCCUGCUACCUGCGUUUCUCUUUCCCACAUUGAGGGGUAUCCUGGCUGCCCGCCAGCCUUGUCCUCUCGCUCUGUGUUCCAGGCAAGGCAAUGGCAGAGGGUCCCCAACAGCUGCUGGAAGUCUGUGGGCUGAGGCUGUCCCGCUUCCUCUGUGAUGCCCAGAACAAGCACCUGGCCUGGCUGCGGGAGGUGGAGGAGCAGGGCAUGAGGAUGCUCAAGAGCAGCUUCAGGGAUGAGCCUAUGCUCUUGCCCAAAACGCCAUCGCAGAGAAGGAAGCUGAGGAAAAGGCAGUCCUCCUGGAUGAGGGAGGAAAACAAGGAGCUGAGCAGGAGGAGGUUUUCCCGAAGGAGGAGUGGUGUCAAGCUGCUGUCUUCCAGUCUGAAUUCCCAGAGGUGCCUGAACCAGGAGCAGCCCCAGAGCCCUGGCUGUGAGGGGCAGGAUGUAUCCAUGCCUGGCUGCGCUCUGGAAUCUCAGGCUGGCAUCACACUCCAGCCCCCUGCUCUGCCCAGGAAGCAGCCUGUGAAGGCACAUGUUCUCACAGCAGACCUGGACUGCCAGGAGUGUCCCCAGGGUGCUGCUGGGGGUGAAGCAGCCCCUCCAGCAGUUUUGGAGGAGCAGCUGCCUGAGGGUGAUGCAGCAGCAGAGCUCCAGGAGGUCCCUGGUGUCCCUGGGAUCCCAGCUGAACAGCCAGGAAGGGAUGGGGAACAGGACCCCAGGCGAGCCAGCACCUCCACUCCCAAGGCUGCUCGGAAUGGUGAUCCUGCUGCACUCCAAGGAGAUGGAUCUCCUCAAGACCUUGAGAUGCUGCUCUUCCAGGACUCCCCUAGUAAAAGUGCAACAGAGAAAUCCAGGACGCGCCGCCGGAGCGGGCUGGCUGCCCCCCGCAAGAGCCAUAGGAGUUCCCUGGCAGAAAAAUGCUCCCUGGCCAGCAGGAGGGAGAACAUGAUCCGGAGAUCCAUCAGCAGGGCCAUGGCCAGGAAGGCAGCAGCACGAGAAUCCUCCUCGGCCUCCAGCAGAGUGAGCUGUCAGAGCUCCUUGGAGGCUUUUGUGGAAGAAGAUGUGAUCAGCGACACAAGGCCUGAGCUGGAGCCAAAUUCCCUGAGGGAAAAGGUUCCUGGAGAUGUCCUUGUUCCAAGCACAAGUCCCCGAGCUGCCAGCCCUCCUGCACAGCACCUGUCCCCUCUGGAGCAGCAGGCAGGGAAUGCUGCAGGAAGCCAUGUAAAUCCCAACAGUGAACCUCAGAAGAGCCAGGAACAACCCAACUGUGCCAAGUCCCGGGAGAAUUCCUCCCGCAUGUGGAUGAAAGGCUGCAAGCAAGCCCUGGGUGUCCUGUGGCAGGGGCAACACACGGGGGGCCGGCCCCUUUCCCCUUUGGAUGAGAAGCUCAAGACCUCAGCAAACCAGGCUCCAUCAUCCCCCUCUCCAGCCAGCAAGGUGAGUGGUACCACAGCCCUGUGCCCCCUGUCCCAGGCAGGCCCUGAGCUCCCUCCCUCUCUCCCCUCAGGCUGUCAGGCCACUGAAGAACUUCCUGCAGGGACAAGGGGGUGGCAUCAAGGACUUCAUCAAGCGCAACACUCCCACCCGGCCCCCCCUGAAGGGAGACUUUGUUGUAAGUAUGGCACCUUAUCUGUGGGGCUGACCUCUCUCUCCCCUCAUGCCGAUGUCCAUCAGCACUCUGGCCACACCAGUGGUGAGGUGGCAGGAUCUCUGUGCAGGUGUGUUCUGCUGGGACUGGGCACUGCUGGUAGCUUCUGGCCUCUGAGCCAGGCUGCACUGUGCUCCCCCUCCACCAUUUUCCUGACUCCUGGGUUAAGUGGUCACCUAGUGGGUGUGCUGUUCUUUUCUAAAUAUAUUCUGGGCAGCUGAAGAACUGUGUUUUUUCCCUCCUGUACCUCUGCUUGCAUUGGAUAGUCCCGGUUGCCAAAUACGUGUUGUCUCCCCUUCUGCUCACUCCCUAUCCCAGUGUUCAGGUGAAGGACUCCAACAGUGAC